AUAUGGUGCUGCAAUCCAACGGAAGUUCUGUCCUUGACGGCUGCUCGGCGUUUUGUGCGGACAAGAAUGAUACAGGCGGUGUCGGAAACUGCCCAUCAAAUGGUUGUUGCCAUCUAGAUAUAUCCCGCACAAGUUUGGUGGAAGCAGAACUAAUUGACUUGAGCAGAAAAUCACUACGCAAAAAGCUCUUCCCAUGCAGCUAUGCCUUUAUCCAGGAGGAAGAAGAUUCGAAUGAAAGCGCAUUUUCAUAUCCUUUGUACUACCUGGACAACUCAACGGCAUUGGUAAAUGAUAAUUGGGCAUCAGCAACAAGACCGCCAAUCGUACGCUUGGACUGGUUUUUUGGGAGCGAGAACUGCAGUCGAGCUAAGAAUUCCACAACUUAUGCAUGUCGAGAUGACAGGAGUGUUUGUGUUGAUAGCGAUUACGGUGAUACAGGAUACACAUGUAGUUGUGUUCAAGGUUACGAUGGAAAUCCUUACUUACCGGGUGGAUGCCAAACAAUUUCUAGUUCAAUUGCCAAAGCUGGAUGCUUAGAUCAAUGUGGGAAAGUAUCGAUUCCAUUUCCAUUUGGAGUGGGCCCAGAUUGCUACUUGGAGCCAUCUUUUGAAGUUGUUUGCAACACGGCCACCAAUCCUGAGAAACCCUACCUCCGUCUUUCCAACACUGAAAUCCUUGAGCUGAACUCAUCCAAAAUUUUGAUUAAAUAUUUCAACAAAGCUACAACGUGCUACAGUUUGUCAGACAAUCAAGUUGAAAUUACUAAGCCAGAGGAGCAAAGAUUGACGAUCGACUUGUUGAAAACUCAAUAUACACUAUCAGAUGAGAAUUGGAUCACCACCAUUGGCUGUGAUGUUAUGGUUGUCGGGAUUAUUGGAAAAGACAAGCCAAGUUCUAUCCGAAGCAAUUGCGCAGCCAUUUGCUCCAACCGUUUGAUGUAUAAAGGUCGGAUCAACGCACAAUGCGAAUAUGAAACAACAUCUUUUGGAGGCGAGGGUUGUUGUAGAGUGCCUGUUCCAAGAGGUACGGCUUACCUAGAAGCAAAUGUGACCAAACUUAGUGGAAGAUGGACAAGUACUAAUAUUUCUUGCAGUUACGCCUUUGUGGAAUACAUUAAAAAAUUAAAUGUGGAUGAUCGUACUAUUUAUGUUACCUCAUUUCCGUUUUUGAAUAACUCAAAGGGGAUCGGACUAGAUGCUCUUCUAUCAAAAGGAUAUUAUGAUCAGUCGAGCAUGGCAUUGGAUUGGAGGAUUGGAGCAGUGAAUUGCAAAAAAGCGAGACAAGAUCCGGCUAUGUUUGCAUGUCGUGGUAACAGUGAUUGUGUUGAUUUUGAUGCUACGAUUGGAGGGUACCUCUGCAACUGCUCCAAAGGAUACAAAGGCAAUCCCUACCUCAAUCCAGGGUGCCAAGAUAUUGAUGAAUGCGCGGAUAAUGCAACUAAUACAUGCAUCUUAAAAUCAACUUGCGUAAAUUAUCUGGGGACGUUUCAUUGCUCAUGUCCAAAAGGGUAUAAUGGUGAUGGGAAGAAAGAUGGCACAGGUUGCAUUCAGCAGCCGCCAUCUAAAACCAAGAUGAUUAUCUUGACAGGCAUAGGCUCAGGAUUGGGGUUUCUACUUCUACUCUCAGUGUUCUUUUGGUUGUAUAAAGUGUUGCGAAAGAGAAAGGAGAAAAUGGUAAAAGAAAAAUUCUUCAAAAGAAAUGGUGGCCUUCUCUUGCAACAGCAGACGAAUGAUGGUGCACUUGGAAAAACAAAACUUUUCACUGCAAAGGAGUUGGAGGUAGCUACAGAUUGCUUUAAUGGAAGCAGAAUUAUUGGGCAAGGAGGGCAAGGCACUGUUUACAAAGGAAUGUUAUAUGAUGGUAAGAUUGUGGCCAUAAAAAAAUCAAAGUUGGUUGAGGAAAAUCAACUGGAACAGUUUAUAAAUGAGGUGGCAAUAUUAUCGCAAAUCAAUCAUAGAAAUGUGGUAAGACUAUUGGGGUGUUGCUUGGAGACCGAGGUUCCCCUGCUCGUUUAUGAGUUCAUGCCAAACGGGACACUUUUUGAUCUAAUUCAUGAUCAGCGUAGUGAAAUUUCAUGUCCAUGGAACAUGCGUUUGAAAAUCGCAGCAGAUAUAGCAGGGGCACUAGCAUACUUACACUACGCAUCUUCCGUGCCAAUCUAUCACAGGGACAUCAAGUCUAGUAAUAUCCUUCUAGAUGAAAAGUAUGUUGUUAAAGUAUCAGAUUUUGGAACUUCGAGGUCAGUUGCUACGGAUCAAAAUCACUUAACUACUCUGGUUAAAGGGACGUUUGGAUAUUUGGAUCCGGAGUAUUUCCAAUCGAGUCGGUUCACAGAAAAGAGCGAUGUUUAUAGUUUUGGUGUAGUUCUUGUCGAGCUUCUUAGUGGACAAAGACCGAUAUCUCUUGAUAAAACAGAAGAGGAAAGAGGCCUAGCCGCACGGUUCCUUGCAUGCAUGGAAGGAGAAUGUUUGGACACAAUUUUAGAUCCUCUCGUUCGGGAGGAAGGAAGGAAGGAAGAGGUGAUUCUAGUUGCGAAGCUUGCACAAAGAUGUUUGAACUCAAAAGGGAGAAUGAGACCAACUAUGAAAGAACUGGCCACUGAGUUGGAAAGUUUCCGGAUAUCUGGAAUGUCGAGUUGUGUUAACAUUGAACUAGAUGAUGUGAAACCUUUUCAAGAUAUGCCCAUGAUUUCAGACAAUAAGUACACACGGUUGAACAGUUAUAUGAAUGCUUCUUCAUGGUCAUCAGACACACAUCCCUUAGUGCUCUCAACUACUAUCUGAAUGUGCUUCACAACAUGGAACCGUUUAGUAUAUUAAAUAAAUGGAGCUCUCUUAGGUUGUGAGAGAAUGAUUAAGACUUAGUUGUAUAUAUGUGAUCAUCUUUUAGAGGUUUUAUUUAUUGUAUAUUGGGUUGACCAAUUUCUGUUACCAUGUCGAAUUGAAGUUUACGAUAUAAUGA